AUGUGUAAAUUAAUGAAGGCUAUCAAGUGUCCAGUUUGUGUCGGUAUUAUAAAACAACCUCAAAAAAUAAAACCUUGCAAACAUAGGGUCUGUCUUGAGUGCAUUCAAAGCGCAAUAAAACACAGUUUAGAUCCGAGUGCCACAAAAUGCCCAGUAUGUGUCCAAAUUAUUAAAAGUUUCUCCUUGGAUGAGUUUUUAAAUGAUGUAGUAGAAGAAUAUAUAAGUAAUUUAAAAUCACAACAUCCAUGCCAAUUCCACCCCGAUGAAACUUACUCUCUAUUAUGUCUCUGUAACAAUACACCGGUCUGCAAGAAAUGCAUAGUUGAACAACACAGUGGUCAUUCCAUGGUAGAUGCAGAGGGCUCAGAGGAGAUCAAAGAAAGCAUUAAGAAAAGGGUCGAAGCCGUAAAGAAGGAUUUUAAACUGGACCCAGAAAUAUUCAAAGAGGUGCUAGACAGUUUAGCGGAGUGUAAAGAGAAGUGGGAAAAAUCAAAACUAAAUGGUCAACUAAAAACACAAAUGGUAUAUGCCGAUUUUCACAAAUUCCUCCAGAUAAAGGAGUUUGGUGACAAGAAAAAUAUUGAUGAGGCAAAUUCAAUUAUUAAGUAUGAGUUCGACGAUUUUAUUAAAAAAACUGAUCAAAAGAAAAAAGAUAUUGAGUUAUUUGCCAAAUUAGAAUCAUCGGAUAUUAAAAAAGAUAUAUAUGGCUCAAUUUUAUUAGUAAAAAGUAUUCAAGAUAUUGACACAUUAAUAAAUGAUGGCAAAAAACAAAUUUCAUCAUUUCCAGAGCACGCAAAUAAACUCCAUUUCAACCAAGAAAUCUUACAAAAAAUCAAAUCUUUAUCUAAAUAUUUGUUUGUACCAUACUAUUGUAGCUGUGAUAGCAUCGAAACUGAUUGUCAAUGUUAUCAAGAAUACUGGAACAGUCCCAGUUUUUCAAAUUCACAAUUUGGUAAGGAGUUGAUUCUUCUCUUAAAUCCUCCUCCACUAUCCCUCAAUACAUCCCUUUCCUCUUCAUCGUCAUCUACAAAUAGUUACCAACCACUCUCAAUUGCCAUAUAUAAAUCAAUGCUUGAAAACACUCCAAGAGGCCCAACUUCUUCAGCUAAGCCACAAGAGGGUUUAUCUCCAUCAGAUUUCAAACAACCAGUUCAAAAAGAAGAUAAAGUAAACAAAAAACAAGAUUUUAUACCAAAUACAAUUCCAAAAAUUAGAUGCUUGUAUUUCUUAUGUGGUAUGGAGGACAAGUUACAUUUAUCUCGUUGUAUUAAAUAUUACCCAAUUCGAGACGAAUGGGCUUUCAUGCCACCCACAAAACAUAAAAGAGCAUGUGUUACAGAUGCCACUAUAGUUGCCAAACAUUAUAUAUACGUAUUCGGCGGUAACGAUUCACUCGAAUCUUAUGAAAAGUUCAAUAUUACAACUGGUCGUUGGGAAAAUGGUGGUAAUAUUCCAUCAGGUGGUGGCUCAUCAAUGUCCGCAGCUUAUGAUGGCCAAGAUUCAAUUUAUUUAGUUGGUGGUGUCAAAUUUAAUGUUACUUCAGAUAGAAUUGAUAGAUGUAUAAUCAACCAUGGUGCAACUGGCAAAGAACCAACCCUCCAAUUCCAAUUGGUUACCAAAAUGAAGUUCCCAAGAUACUAUUGCUUCACAUUAGUCCACGAUAAACAACUCUUUAUUAUUGGCGGUACCAAUAAAACCAGAGAUGAUUCAUAUUUUACCGUUAUUAACAACAUCGAAGUCCUCAGUUUUGAAACCAAAAAAACCACCAUGUUUGUAGAUUAUCUCGAUGAUCACGACAACAGAGUUGAAGGUAUUGCUUUUGAUGGUGUUUACAUCUACAUCAUGACCAUCGAACACUUUUACACCUUAAAUAUCCAUACUAAAUUAAAGGGUAAAUAUUUAGAAUACCCCCCAAUAGAGAACAUGAGAUUUGGGUACUCUUUGAUCAUCGGCACUGACAGUAAUUCAGAUUCUGUUAUCUACCUUAUUGGUGAUAGAGGAUCAAAUCAUUAUUAUUAUAAAAUUAAAGAAAACAAAUGGUAUACACAACAAUCAAGAAGACCAAUCGCCUCUUAUUUCCAUGGAUGUGGAAUCGAAUAUGAGGAAAUCAAGAACCAGGGGGCGGUAGCCACAGGGAAGUAA